AUGACUGAAAAAAUAUCAACCUUCGAAGAUUUUUUAGAAACACUAAAAGAUAUAAAAGAAGAAGACAUAAAGAAUGAUGAAAAUAUUGAAGAAAGACUUGAUUCCUUUCUUAUAAGUUUUUAUAAGAAUAAUGAUGGAGCAUAUACAAUUAAAAAACAAGAAUAUAUAAAUAACCUAUUAAAUAUAUUAAUAAAUAAAAUAAGUGAUAAUAAAAAUGGAUGUGAUCUUUUUAUAAACCUAUUGUGUAUACAUUUUAAAAAUAUUACUCCAAAUUUUAUAAAUAUUAAAUUAAAAGAUGAUAUAUAUUAUAUACAUUUAAUAAUAAAUUAUAUUUUAUAUGUCUUAAAAAAUAUACAACAAGGGAGGUACCUCAAUUUUUAUUUAAAAAUUAUUGAUGAAGGCAAAUUCAUUUAUUUGUUAUAUAAAAUAUGCUUUGAUAAUGAUCUUAUUUCUUAUUAUAUACCUGAAGAUAAGACUGUUGAAUUAUUUUUUGUGCUUAUAAAAAUUAAAGAAUUAGAAGAAUAUAUUAUUCAUUGUGACAUGAUAAAAUAUUUUCUGUCCUUUCUUUUAUAUGACAUACAAGUAAUUAAAAUAAAAGAAAAAUAUUUAAUUCUAGAAAUAAUUAUCCAUGUGUUUUUAAAAAAUAAAGAUGUUGUAAAAGAUUUUAUAAAAAAAAAUAGUAGUCAAAUUAUAAUCAAUAUUUUAAAAUAUAUAAAUGAUAAUAUAAAAAAUGAUACUUAUGAUUAUUAUUGUUUGAAUUUAUUGAAACUAUUUUAUUAUAUUAUUGAGGAUAAAAAUAUUGUAUCCUUUCAGAAUAUCUUUUUUUUCUAUCCUAACAAACAAAUAUCUAUUAUUCCACAUAAAAAGAAGGAGGAUGAUAUUUUUAUAUUUUAUAAAUAUAUAAAUUGCAUAAUAAUAAAAAUAAAUGAUCUUAUAAAAUAUGAACAUUCUAUGAAUAAUAUAUUAAAUGAUAAUAAGCAAGAGGAAUACCAUUUUAAAUAUUUCCUUUCUAUAUUUCUUUGUGUUUUAAAAAAUAUUAUAACAAUAAUAUUAGAAGCAAAAAAUAAUAUUCAACAGUCAGCAUAUGAUGAUAAUAAAAGGGAGGAUGUUUAUGAGGAGAUAACAAAAUUUUUAAAUAUCACGUUUGAUUGUGUUGUCAGAAUUAUUGAUAUAAAAAAGGGGACCCCCACAAAUGAAGAAGAAAUAUAUGAACUGCUAUCUUAUGAUGUCCUCAUUUGUAUGACCAAAAUAAAUUCAUUAAAAUAUUAUAAUGAUGAAAAUAUUUCAGAAAGGAUUUUUAAGUUAGUAAACAAUAUAAUUGAUGAUGAUAUUAUAAAAAAUAAAUAUAAUGAUGAGACUAUAAUAAACACAUCAAAUAGACCACCAUAUGAUAAUAAUAAUAAUAAUAAUAAUUAUUAUUUUAAUAAUUCAUGUAAUAAUAAUGUUCUACCAUUUGUUAAUAAAAUAUAUGUUAAACACUUUGAAUGUUUAUUUUAUCUUUGUCUAUAUAAAGAAACAAACAUAAUACAUUUUAUAAACAUAAAUUUUAUAAGAUAUAUAGAAAAUAAUAUUUAUAAAAUAUAUAAAUAUUACCAUUUAUGUGAUAUAAAUACAAAGGAUUUAUUGAAUUAUUUAAGUUUAUAUUAUCUUGUUAUAAUAUUUAUCUAUAUAAAAAAUAAUUUAAAUGACAAAGAAAAAAUUCAUGUUGUCAAAAAAUUAAUAAAAUAUAUUAUUAUAAAAGAAAUAAAAGAAAAAAUAUUUCUUUUUAAAAAUAAAUUAUAUUUUCUAGCAUUUAUAAAAUUAUUAAAUUUAUCAAUAUGUAAUAAUUUAUUUGAAUUUAAAAUAUUAUUAUGUCAAAAAUACUUUGAUGAUUUUAUUCAAAUUUUUGAGGGAUCUCAAUUUAAUAUGAAGGCGCUGAUGCUUCAUUGUAUUUUAGAGUGGACACAAAUACAUCAUAUUCUAAAAAAGUUACAGAUUUAUAUAAAUAAGAAUAAAUAUAUCUUUCAUGUUUUUUUUAAACUAUGGAAGGAGAUAGAAUAUGAGAACAGAUUAAAAAAUAAAAAAUAUGAACGACAAGAGGUAAAUAUUCUUUAUAAGAAUAACUAUAAAAAUGUCCAAUUUAUUUUAUUUAGAAUCAUAAAAAUCUUGACCAACGAUUUUACCAAUUAUAUAGAUUAUAUAAUAAAUAAUAAAGACCUUGUUUGCAUAUUUAAAAACAUAAUUAUAUAUGAAAAAGAACAUGUGCUUCUACACAAAGAAGAAGAAAAUUUAUUACUUGAAUUUCUAAAUCUUUAUAAGGAGGACAUAAAAAAACUCCAACGGAUCUUUGAAAAUGUUUCUAUAUUUUAUAAUAAGAAAGAUAAUAAGGAAUUACAAAAUUAUUAUGAUUCCUUAAGAGAAAAUAAGAGAAUCGAAUAA